GCCAAUUCCAGGAGCCCGCGGCCGCGAGCCGCACCCUGGCUGAUACCGGAAAGGCCUGUGAUUGGCCGGCGGCCGCCCCUAUGCAAACGAGCUGAGGGAAUGGAAUUCCUCGGGCCGGGCUUACAGUAAAAGCACGUUCAUUUCCAGGCACUCUCAUUCAUAGAGCCAGCGGGCGCAGGCGGGACGGGCGCCCCGCGGCCUGACCCAGCCAGGGCACCACGCUGCCCGGCCCUGCGCCGGCAGGCACCUCUUCCCGGGGCUCCUGGGGACACCAGAAGAAAGUCAGUCUUUGCUGUUUCUCCUUGACCCGCGUCGGAGCUUCGAUUUUUAUUUUUAUUUUUUUUUUCUUUCUUACUUUUGAAUGAACUGGUUUCUUGGCUGGAUGGUUCAACUUCUUUCCUGGGUGUGAACUUUUCCCCGGUUGUUUCCUUUGACAACUGCUGGAGAGAGUGCGCUGUGCUUCGAGGCGAGUGGUGAAGUUGCGUGUGCGUGGCAGUGUGUGCGUGCUUGUGUAACUCGAGCCGCCCCGUCUGUUUCGAUCUGCUCUGCGGAGCCUCCUCACAAGGCCCGCUCCACCUGCUGCGGUUACGCUGUGAUCGUGGGUAUUGGCGCGUCUAAGUAGUUAACCGGCCGACGCUGGGGCGACGUUGGAGGAAGAUCGUCUCGCUACUGCCCAAGUCGGGGCUGACUCACCGCAGUCGAUGCAGACAGCGGCUGGCUUCCGAAGAGUGCGUGCCUGCGUGCGUGUGACUCGGCUGCCGUUCACCUCCCACCAAACCACAGGACCAGCCGCAAACUUAACCAACAUCCCCAAACCCGAGUUCUCAGAUGUGAAGAGCUGAACUCUAGGUGUCAUCGACUUGGACUUUUUUUUUUUUUAAGAUUAGCUUUUCUUUGAAAAGCUGAAUUUUCUGAACUGAGCAUUUUGCCAGAAUUUAUUGAAAACAUGACAAGUACUUCUCGCCCAGCCCUUCUCCAACUACUGAAGCUGAGUUUCAAGGCUACUUAAAAAGAAAAAAAAAAAAACCUGCAUUGAACAUUAAUGGAUUUCUGUUUAAAUUCUCUACAGAUUGUAUUGUAAAUAUGUUAUGAAAUAGAGCAUAUGUAUAUAUUUAUAUAUAUAUAUGUGCACGUACAUUAGAAGCAGGACCUUUGGAAGUCUCAGCUCUUGCUUUUGAGGACCGAAGCCAGUUUUGCAUGAUAAAAAGUGGCGCCGUAUUUGGAAGACACGCCUCGUGUAUUUUCUGUUGUGCUGGACUUUAGACAAAACUCACCUGGGAAAAAUCUGACAGGCAAUUAACUACUGGAACUUCCAAAUUAUGUAUUUGCUGGUCCUUUUGCUCUCCGCAUAAAUAUUUUAGGAAGUGUAUGGGAAUUUUGCCUCUGGGAACUUUGGUAACAGCCAAAGACUGAACUUAAAACUCUCAAAGCAAGACUCAGAAGAAGAUAGUCUCCCUUGGCACUUGACUUUGGAUUCUGGUCGCCCACUUUUUAAAGCACUAAGCGGUCGGUUGCUAAGAGUCCUGCCCGGGUCUGAGGCCGAUCGGCAAAACUAGAAUUUUCCCCCUCCUGGACUGUUAGUAACUUAGUCUGCCCCCUUCCCCAGCCACCCCACAGCAAUAAAGCUCCCUGAACUUGUAUGUUGGUCUCCCGGGAGCUGCUUGCUGAAGAUCUGCGCCCCUGUCGCCGUCUGGUAGGAGCUGUUUGCAGGGUCCUAACUCAAUCGGCUUGUUGUGAUGCGUAUCCCCGUAGAUGCCAGCACGAGCCGCCGCUUCACGCCGCCUUCCACCGCGCUGAGCCCGGGCAAGAUGAGCGAGGCGCUGCCGCUGGGCGCCCCGGACGCCGGCGCCGCCCUGGCCGGCAAGCUGAGGAGCGGCGACCGCAGCAUGGUGGAGGUGCUGGCCGACCACCCGGGCGAGCUGGUGCGCACCGACAGCCCCAACUUCCUGUGCUCUGUGCUGCCCACGCACUGGCGCUGCAACAAGACCCUGCCCAUCGCUUUCAAGGUGGUGGCACUGGGGGACGUUCCAGAUGGCACUCUGGUCACUGUGAUGGCAGGCAAUGACGAAAACUACUCAGCCGAACUGAGAAAUGCAACAGCGGCCAUGAAAAACCAAGUCGCGAGAUUCAAUGACCUCAGGUUUGUCGGUCGGAGUGGAAGAGGAAAGAGCUUCACUCUGACCAUCACCGUCUUCACAAACCCACCACAAGUCGCCACCUACCACAGAGCCAUCAAAAUCACAGUGGACGGACCCCGAGAACCUCGAAGACAUCGUCAGAAACUAGAUGAUCAGACCAAGCCCGGGAGCUUGUCCUUUUCCGAGCGGCUCAGUGAACUGGAGCAGCUGCGGCGCACGGCCAUGAGGGUCAGCCCACACCAUCCGGCCCCUACACCCAACCCUCGGGCCUCCUUGAACCACUCCACUGCCUUUAACCCUCAGCCUCAGAGUCAGAUGCAGGAUACAAGGCAGAUCCAGCCGUCCCCACCAUGGUCCUACGAGCAGUCCUACCAGUACCUGGGACCCAUUGCCUCUCCUUCUGUCCACCCAGCAACACCCAUCUCGCCUGGACGGGCCAGCGGCAUGACAACCCUCUCUGCAGAGCUUUCCAGUCGGCUCUCAAGUAAGCUGCUUGAAAAUACACUCUUUGAAGUCCGGCUGCAGUGCAAGGUUCUGGAGACCAGACGGGAUGCACGAAGGGGGUGGCAGUCAUUUUUGAUUGGAUACAGUUCGGUUUAAAGACAAGGCUGUCUAUCUCUAAGUCCCCCGCCCACACGCUGAUUUUCCUUGACACUCAGAGGCAGAGAUUACGUACAGAUGUGAAGGUAGAAGUGGCUUGGAAAAAGUGGACUCCUUGGGCGUUUGGGGGUGCUCACAUUUGGCAGGCACGGGUGGCAGCUGAAGGGUCAGUGACAGAAAAGGCCAAAGUAGUCAGCUUCUGGGCCUCAGAUGGGACUGAUCCAUCUUGUGGUGGCGAGCUUUCACAGGCCACGUGUACAGCGCACUGCGGCACACGUGGAGUGGGACGCACAUCUACCCCGACGGGACACCCCCAACUAAGAGCUGCUCGUAUCAGGCUUGAGGAACAGACUGGAAAGCUCAGGUGUCGUGGUUGGCAUAGUUGUUGUUAAUACGUGCUCAUUAAACCUAGUCAUUUAACCUUUGAGACCUCUGGGCUUGGCACUCACCUUUGCUUGUGGGCAGGGAAAUCAGAGUUACAGAGAAAAAUUCCUUUGUUGAAAGCAAAAAGAAGCGACUCCCUGUUUGGGGCUUUGAAAUUAGAGCUGGACCAGACUGUGAAAAUACUUCAGAGGACUUCAGCAGUAGGAAGCCUGAGAACACACUUCUGUGGAAGGGCGGCUGUUUUUGCUUUUCAGCUCCUGGAAUCAGAUUAUAGCAGAUUAGGGGCAGGCGAAGGGGCAAAGGCACUGCGUCUGCCAUUUUACGUGUGGUGUAAUGUUGUGUUUUGUGGACGACUGUGAUUAUUUGAGAUUUCCCCAAAUGCUUCAGCUUCUUCUCAGAGCUUCACAGAAUCCCUCUCAGCUUCUCAACAGCAGCAGUGCUGACACCUGGGGCCAGACAAUUGUUCACUGUCGGGGGGCAGUCCUGUGCACUGCAGGGCCUUCAUCAGUGUCUCUGGCCUCUAGAUGCCAGCAGCACCCCCAGUCAUGGCAACCAAAAAUCACCAGACGUUGCCAAAUGUCCUGAGGGCCACACUGCCCCCCAGUUCAGAACUGUCUUCUUGGGCAAGGUAGUAGAACAGGAAAGCCAACUUAGUUGCCCAGUUUCCACACUAUUUUCAGCCACUGUUGCCAAGAAUUUCAUGGCACCUGCCGGGCUAAGGAGUUAAGGGACUAGUGUAGGAAUUAUGAAGUCCAUUUAGCUUGUUGUUGUUGUAGAAGCUCUGUCCCCUCAGUACUGGUCUGCUUCCAAAGGCACUUGUCAUCUUUCAUUGUUUCUUCUUCUUGUUGGCACUGCUCUGCCCACUGGCUGUGGUCUACAUCUGAAGCAAUUACUGUUUUCCUUGGAAAUGUCCCUGCUGUGGGUCUGUCCCUUGGAAUUUAUUUCAUAAGUCUUUUGACUCGGUCAGCACCCAAGAUCAUCGGCACCUUAGAGUCCAAGAACCCUAGGGGCCAGCUGUUCUGGCUGACCAGUUCAGAUGGAAGGGUGACUUCUUUUUUUUAUAGGAAUGAGUAACAUGUGCCUUCCCAAAUCCCAUCUCACAGUUACACUUCUGAAUAGCCUGGACUUCAGUUAGCCAAGGAGCAAUGGAAGGGCAUUUUAUGGCAUGAGGGUAUGAAGGAGAUAAAAACCACAUCCCAUUUCGGCACCCAAGCAUGACCCUGCGCUGUCCUGGAGGGUGGACCCGGGAGAAUUCCAGAGGAGCUUUCACUGGUGGCAGAGCACAGCAUGGGAGACUGCUCUCCACCUUGGCAGGUCUCCCUCUGAGAAAUCGAGCCUGGAGCCCAGGCCUGAAAAGUGCUGUCAUCUCCCUGUGGGCAGGAGGGGUUUGGGAUACUUAAAAGAAAAGUGGCUGCUUUGAGAGCCUGCGCUCCUUGAACCCCACCCCCAGCUCAGCUCUGUGCUCUGCCCCUCCCCGCCCCCAGCGCCACCGGGGCUCCCUCUGGCCAGAGAGCCCUGUGCUCUGUGUCUGUCUCUUACUUUUGCAGACAGACUCCACACCUUGUCUGAAAAGAGUUGUCAUCCGGAGGUUUGCUUUUCUUUUUUUUAAAUAAUGUUUAGCUGCCAACCUGGGCGACAGACAGCAUGCAUUAAUCUGAGUCAUGCAAGAUCCUUUUAAGGCAGCCAUUAUCUGCUCAGGCUGUUUAAUCCUUCGGGGGCAGUGGGAGGGGCCCAGAGUAGGGCUGCUUUCAUCCCCAACAAGCUGCAGAAUGAAGACUUGAGCUGUCAUGGCAAAUAUUUAGCUCCAUCGGUGGGGAAACAUUUCCAACUAAAAUACCUGUACCGCCUAAUCCCCAGAUUUCCUACUCUUUAAAAGCUCCCUGUGAGUAUCAGGGGUCCCCACCUCUGCCCACACUGCUAC